CCCAACCCACACACACAUUUACCCCUCCUCCUACCACCUGUUCAUUCUCCACUGAGCCACUUCACCCUUUCUCGCUGCUACUCACUCACAGCACACACCACACACCAAAUAAACAAACAUGCACAGACACAUAAACAUACAUAGAGGGAGAGAGAGAUCUAAGAGUGAGAACCGAAGGGAGAAGAGGAGAGGAGGGGAAGCCGCGCCUUGCCGCCGCUGCUGUCCGCGAAGUCAUCUUCAUUACAGAUCAGAACUGAGGCGAGAGAGAGGACCGCGAUGGAGGAAGGAAUCGCGCCGCCCAGUCGACGUCUAUGGGGAGUCGUCGCCGGCGUUGUCGCGAGGAGGAGAGGAGCCCGCGUCGGAGGAGAAGAGCCGUCGCGUUCUACCACCGCUGAGGGACCAGUCGCCGUUAGAACCAUCACUGCUGUUGUGUUCUGUCACCGCCGCCACGUCGUGACCCCGUCGUCACCAUCGAAGGCUCUAGCGCUGCCGCUACUUCUAUGGCCGCCAUCAUCUGUUGCAUGUGCGAAAGGAGGGAGGAGCCUUGAGAAUAAGGAAAUGAGUCGUGUGAGGCUUGUGCCGAGAGGCAGAGGGCUGUUCAGCCGCCACCACUGCUGCCAUGAUCACCGUUGCGGUUUCAAAAAAAGGGGGGAUGCCGUCGAAGUACCUCUGAUAUGCCCCUAUAGCUAUGAUUAUUGAUAAUGUUACUGCUGUUGUUACUGCUGGGUCUAAGCCGCUGCUGCUGUGAAUUUAGAAUAAGAGGGUUUGUCGUGUUUAAAUUCUGCGGUCUCGACUAAUUGAGGUAGGGGAUUUGUUUUAAAAAUAAAUGUUUUAAGUUAUGAAUGCCAAUAAAAUUAAAUGAGUAACUGCAAAUAGUUUAUGGUUGCUUUGUGUGAAUAAUUGUUAGAAUUGAGUUGAAUCAUGGCUGUAGUUGGUGAUUGGUUUAAUGAUUUAAUAUAGUGAUUAUUGACGAUGUUGUGUAUUUUGAAGUUAUACUUGUUUCUAGUACUUGUUGAUGAUGAUUUUGUGUAUGGAAUGUUGCUAUGGUUGCUGGAAAUUCAUUUGAUGAAUAAGAACAUGAGAUAUGUUGUUAUAGAUGAGAUGCUGAAGAAUGGAUGCUAUGAUAAUAUGGUUACGUUGCACCUAUGAUAUGAAAUUGUGAUAUAUUGAAUUAAGAGUUCUUGGGCAACUUUGGUUAGUGAAAAGAAAGUUAGAAAUGUGGUUUUAGAUGAAUCCUAGGCUUGAAUAUAGGAUUUGGUAUGUGAGGUUGUUAGAAAUACUUUGUGCAGAAUUUCUGCAGAAAUCUGCAUAAUUGGCAGCAGAAUGAAUGACUUUUUGGGAGCAUUCCAGACCUAAUUUUUAGAUGAAAUUAUUUUUCUGUAAAACUUUAGUGUCUCUUGAAAAUUCCAUAAAAAUUUCAGGAAAUUUGCCCAAGUGGUUUGGAAGAUAUAAUUUUUUGAAGUUUAGUGGUUGCUGCAGAUUUUUCUGGUUUUCUGGUUCUGCAGUACCAACUUACAGAUGCUAUAACUUUUAAUGUAAACAGAAUUUUGAGUUGAUUUCAAAAGAAUUUUAAAGAUAUAUCAGUCUAUUUUAAGUGAGUACAAGUUUCAUGUUCAUAUAUAUUUUGUAGACUUAGAUAAGUCACUGGAAGGUCAGUUGUUUGCUGAAGACUCUGAACUGGUUUAUGAAAUCAGGGCUCCAUUUCUAAUUGAUAAUUAAUUAAUCAAAUGAAGUGAUAUGAACCUGAAACUUGUGGAUUCUGAAACUUAGGGAUGUUGACUGUAAUCUCACCAAAAUUUAGAAGCAAUGGAUUAGAAUUGAACUAAAAGCUAAUAGCAUAGAACUCACAAAUAAUAUCAUUUUGAAUGUGUUUUAAGCUAAUCAUGUUUAUCUUUAUUUAUUUGAAUCUAGUUUUACUAAUGCAAGUAAAAUUGUUGGAUAGAUUCUUAACAAACAAUAAUGAGUUCUAUCUAGAAAAAUAGAAUUAAAGUGAAUGCCACAUUCUCAGAUUCCCACAGUGCCAAGUUAUUGAAGUGAAUGCACAUUCUUUAUUCAGUAAAUGGUUUUCUGAAAAUGGCAAGCUGGUAUGCAUGUACAAUAGUUAUUAGAAGUACCAAUGCUUUGUAGUUGAUGAAUUUCCAAUUUGUUAUCACUUCAGAGGUUAUUGAUAGAUGAACUGUUAUUAUGUUGUAUUGUUGCACUGAAUGCACAAUUGUGUUUCCUUGUUGUUUAGGUUGCAAAACUUUUCCAAAAGAUUCAAGAAAUGGUAAAGAAGAAAGCAAUCUAGUAUUUGUUUUGAUUGAUGAAGUUGAAAGCCUUGCUGCGGCGAGGAAAGCUGCUAUAUUCGGUUCAGAACCUUCAGAUUCUAUUCGGGUUGUAAAUGCAUUACUAACUCAGAUUGACAAGUUAAUAUCAUCUCCAAAUGUGAUAAUCCUAAUCACAUCCAACAUAACUACUGCUAUUGGAAAAUUAUUAUGAAGUAGAAAAAGAACUUGAUCACACAAAUUGUGAAGAUCAAAUAUUAGAGAGUAAAAUCACCAAUUUGUGAAGAUGAUGAGGAAUCUAUUUGCUAUUGUAAUAUAUCAAUCUCUUUUCUUUAUGAUUAGAUAUGGUUAUGACUUA